GGUUUCCGCCUCCUGUAGGCUUCCGGAAGCUCAUCUCAAAAUGCUGAACUGCUCUUUGGAAGUCGCCGGUGCUGUAGUAGUUGGAGUCUCUUCACGGGCCUGAGCCUCGAGGCCAGGCUCCUGGGUGUCGUUAAUGUUCGGGGCCGCCGGGCGCCAACCGAUCGGAGCUCCAGCAGCCGGGAACAGCUGGCAUUUCAGCAGAACCAUGGAGGAGCUGGUUCAUGACCUUGUCUCAGCAUUGGAAGAGAGCUCAGAGCAAGCUCGAGGUGGAUUUGCUGAAACAGGAGACCAUUCUCGAAGUAUAUCUUGCCCUCUGAAACGCCAGGCAAGGAAAAGGAGAGGGAGAAAACGGAGGUCGUAUAAUGUGCAUCACCCGUGGGAGACUGGUCACUGCUUAAGCGAAGGCUCUGAUUCUAGUUUAGAAGAACCAAGCAAGGACUAUAGAGAGAAUCACAAUAAUAAUAAAAAAGAUCACAGUGACUCGGAUGACCAAAUGUUAGUAGCAAAGCGCAGGCCAUCAUCAAACUUAAAUAAUAAUGUUCGAGGGAAAAGACCUCUAUGGCAUGAGCCUGAUUUUGCUGUGGACAAUGUUGGGAAUAGAACUCUGCGCAGGAGGAGAAAGGUAAAACGCAUGGCAGUAGAUCUGCCACAGGACAUCUCUAACAAACGGACAAUGAUGCAGCCACCUGAGGGUUGUAGAGAUCAGGACAUGGACAGUGAUAGAGCCUACCAGUAUCAAGAAUUUACCAAGAACAAAGUCAAAAAAAGAAAGUUGAAAAUAAUCAGACAAGGACCAAAAAUCCAAGAUGAAGGAGUAGUUUUAGAAAGUGAGGAAACGAACCAGACCAAUAAGGACAAAAUGGAAUGUGAAGAGCAAAAAGUCUCAGAUGAGCUCAUGAGUGAAAGUGAUUCCAGCAGUCUCAGCAGCACUGAUGCUGGAUUGUUUACCAAUGAUGAGGGAAGACAAGGUGAUGAUGAACAGAGUGACUGGUUCUACGAAAAGGAAUCAGGUGGAGCAUGUGGUAUCACUGGAGUCGUGCCCUGGUGGGAAAAGGAAGAUCCUACUGAGCUAGACAAAAAUUUACCAGAUCCUGUCUUUGAAAGUAUCUUAACUGGUUCUUUUCCCCUUAUGUCACACCCAAGCAGAAGAGGUUUCCAAGCUAGACUCAGUCGCCUUCAAGGAAUGUCUUCAAAGAAUAUUAAAAAAUCUGGAGGGACUCCAACUUCAAUGGUACCCAUUCCUGGCCCAGUGGGUAACAAGAGAAUGGUUCAUUUUUCUCCAGAUUCUCAUCACCAUGAGAUAAACAAUCAACUGCAAUAUACGAAUAUAAUAGCUUCAGCGGAUAUAUCGGCAGAGACAUUGGGAGUUUGGAAAAGGAAGCAUCUAAAUCUGCCAGGCCAUUGGUUUAGCCCUGGGGCUAGGACAGAGCAUGACCAGCAUCAGCUUCUGAGAGAUAAUCGAGCUGAAAGAGGACACAAGAAAAAUUGUUCUGUGAAAACAGCCAGCAGGCAAACAAGCAUGCAUUUAGGAUCCUUAUGCACGGGAGAUAUCAAACGGAGAAGAAAAGCUGCACCUUUGCCUGGACCUACUACCGCAGGAACAUGUAGCCACAUUUUGGAUGAAACACAUGUCAUCAGUCUUGCAGUUCAGAUCUUUCAUAAGGCAGGAUUUGUAGGUGAAAAUGCCCAGCCAAUCCUAGAAAAUAAUAUUGGAAACCGAAUGCUUCAGAAUAUGGGCUGGACGCCUGGGUCAGGCCUUGGACGAGAUGGCAAGGGGAUCUCUGAGCCAAUUCAAGCCAUUCAGAGGCCAAAGGGAUUAGGACUUGGAUUUCCUCUACCAAAAAGUACUUCCGCAACUACUACCCCCAAUGCAGGAAAAUCCGCCUAAGAAAAGCAAAGAAGAAAUGUUUUACAGACUUUAUUCACUAUGUCCCAUUGUUCUAAAAUGAUAACAUGACUUCUGUUUUUGAAGCAAAAAUCUACAUUGCCUCAAACACAUCACUCUAGCUUCCUAACUGCAUACAGUCCUGCCAUAGUGAGAGAAAUGGGAUUUCAUCACAAUUCAUGGUGCUAAAAUGAAAACCUCUGCCCUUUAAUUUUUUUCAGUAAUUUCCAGCUAUUUCUAGGUAUAAAGAGCAGCUCGUUUCUCUUAUUUAUUUUAAUCUCAUGUGUCAAUACUUUCUGAUGCUUUGCUUAAUUCAUGUAUGUGUGCAGUGCUGCAAUGCCCAGACAAAUGUGAGCACACCCACCGGUUUCUAAAAUGGGAUAGACAGGAAAAGAUUGUGUUUUAUAUCAUCCCUAUCUAUUGUAACCCAAAAGACCUACCAUCGCAUCAGUGAAGUCCGAACACAUCUUUGUUUGAAAGGCUUGUCAAUUUCAUAUUCCUUGAAUUUGGCUUCUUUGUGAGGAUUUUCUGACAGAGUGAUACCCAUUAAUUUUCUAUCCUUACACAAUGUAGUGUGAAGUUCACAGUUGACAAACAACAAUUAAUGUUUCCCUUGGACGUUUUGACAAAAAUAAGCCUCAUCAUUGUUAUCACCAGAGUGCCCUCUACCUUACUUUAAUGCAGAUUUUAUAAAUUUUACCUCAUUUAGAACAUAAAAUAAUUAUUGAAAGAAAAAUGUAUUUUUUAAAUUCACCAUGACUGAACUGUAAAUUCUAUUAAUCCAGAUGUACUUCUACCUCUGUUUUCCCAAAGAUUGAUAUUAUUUUUAAGAUCAACUCAAGUGUAGUAAACGGAUUUAAAAUUUUAAUCAUUGGAGUAAUUUAUUACAAUAUUGAAUCAAUUUAUAUGAAGAGUUAAAUGGCUCUCCCAGAACUCAGAUUUCUGGCAAUGGCCCAACCCAUUUAGAAGGUGAACAAAAGAAGUAAAUGGUACUGAUUUGCCCUUUCUAGGACCCAAGAUGUUACUUUAAAACCUAGCAAAAGAGGUCGUUUGUAUUACGUGCCUAGUAUUGAGCUGUUCCUGAGUCGUUUGCUUCAUAGUAUCAGAGAUUCUAAAUUGCUUUUAGUUUAGAAGAUCUUUAUUUAUUAUCCUCAUUAUUAACAACUUAUGAUGAUGAUUAUCAUCAUUCUAUUUAUAAUGGCCUUUACUGGUUGAGUAAAGACUGAGAUAACACAUGUGAAUCACCUUUCAAUGGGUUUUUAAAAUCUUGUCACUUUCCAAAAGAGUUUGUUUCUUUUUUCUUUUUUAUUUUUUUUGACAGAGUCUGCCUCUGUCACCCAGACUGGAGUGCAGUGGCACACUCCCGGCUCACUGCAGCCUCCCUCUCCUGGGUUCAAGCGAUUGUUCUGCCUCAGCCUCCCAAGUAGCUGGGAUUACAGGCACCCACCACCACACCCGGAUAAUUUUUGUAUUUUUAGUAUAGACGGAGUUUCACCAUGUUAGCCAGGCUGGUCUCGAACUCCUGACCUCAAGUGAUCCGCCCACCUUGGCCUCCCAAAGAGCUGGGAUUAUAGGCACGAACCACAGCACCUAGCCCCCAGAAGAGGUUUUAAAAGGUGUUAAGGGAGGUUUAUGCAUGUAACAGACCUUUCUCAGGUGGUCCCCUAAAAAAAAUCCUGCCAGCUAGGGAGGGGAAGGCCGACCUGCUAUUUGAAAGCCUUUAUGGUUUGCCAAAUAUACAUUUCUUGAGAAUGAUCUUCUUUCCCAGGGAUAUUGUUACCUAGAGGACGGGUUGGUUAGGGGACUAUGGACGACCAGAAGAGAUGUUCUUUUGAAGCAUUCUUGUUGGAUAAAGUAACCCCAUGGUAUCAUUACUUUCUACAAGUUUUUUACUUAGAAAUUUGCCAUUUUUUUAACUGAUAUUUUCUAAAUGCUCAUUCUGUCUAUGUAGCCAGGGGAAGAUUAUAUACAAGUUUUAAAACUUCUUUGUGAUAGUGUAUUGUGCUCUAGGGUCUAUUCAAAAUUUGGUGUUUGAGCUUUUUCUUAAUUUGAUUGCCUGGAGAUCUGCUAAAAUCCUAGAAUCUCAAAAAGCCAAGUUUGAAGCCACUGAGAGCAAACAAUGAGGUCAUUGUGAGCGUGGUUCCACACUCCUGAGGACUUGGCUGUUCUUUUUCACCUUAUUAUGUUCUGAUGGAGGUAAAAACGCUCAUGGUGAAGAAGAGCAGUAUAUAUGCCAGACUAGUGUAUAGGAACUUCUUCAUUAAAUAUUGCAGUCCUUAUGAGUGCUCUUUACUGCUGUUCUGGACAGGUACAAAUCUUCUGAAGCAACUUCUGUAGGAUGUUGACUUAGCUUCUCUAACACCUAAAAAAAAUUCUUCUUUGUAUUUUCAGCUAAUAGAAGACAGUUCUUCAUCUUGACCCCUAGAGCCCUCUAUGUGAUUCACAGAGGACUUAAAAUACUUCUUAUUCUGUUGAAGUGUUUAAUUGUACAGAAUCAGCACUCAAAGCAAAGAAGUGAUAACAUCCCAAGCUUCCCCCAUACUUCUACUGACAUGCCCUCAGUCUUUAAGAAAACUCAGUGCAGACCUGAUGUUCUGGUUGUACCUGAACUUAAUUGGAGAAACAAACACAAUUAAAAUAUGAAUUUUUUAGUAUAAAUCAAAUGUCUUUCACCAUCUGAAGCCCACUAAUUUGUGUUUUAUAUAUAGUUAGUUAAUUUUUUGCCAGUUAUGACGUCCAUAGAACCCAAGAUUUAGAAUGUAUCAUUUAUAUUUCCUCUAAAAGGUAGUAGGAUAUUUCUUCUGCUCUUUUGUGAAGCCACUCUUCUACAGGAUCUGUAGCCUCAUAGCAAAUUAAUUGGUUGUACUAAAAAUUUCAGAGAGUGCAUAGGUCUCCCUUUUCUAUCCUAAUUACCUGCAAUAGCCUAGAGACGCUGAGCAUGAUUACAUUAGCAACUUGACUGUUUAAAAAAUUUAUUUGUGGCCGGGCGCGGUGGCUCACGCUUGUAAUCCCAGCACUUUGGGAGGCCGAGGCGGGUGGAUCACGAGGUCAGGAGAUCGAGACCACGGUGAAACCCUGUCUCUACUAAAAAUACAAAAAAUUAGCCGGGCAUGGUGGCGGGCGCCUGUAGUCCCAGCUACUCGGAGAGGCUGAGGCAGGAGAAUGGCGUGAACCUGGGAGGCGGAGCUUGCAGUGAGCCGAGAUCGCGCCACUGCACUCCAGCCUGGGCGACAGAGCAAGACUCUGUCUCAAAAAAAAAAAAAAAAAAAAAAAAAAAAUUUAUUUGUUAUACUUGAUAAUGACCAGACUGUGUGCUGGAAUCAUUUGUUUCCUUCUUUUCUGCUCCCCGAAUACACUAUUUAAUUUGGUUGCUUUUAUUUUUAAACUAUAUGGCACCCUUUUAAAUAAACAUUCAUUGCUAAUUAAAAUCUGCCAAUAAUUGGUCUCAGCAUUUAAAUACCAUAUAUUUUAUAAUUCAUACUGUGGCUAUCAAACAGAAGUUAACACAGUAGGGGUAAAGACAUACAUAAUGUGUACCUAUAGGUGUAUUUAUAAUGCCUGUGUGCAGUAUACAGACAUAAUUACAAAAUAUUGCAUUUUAUUAAUGUUUAUUUUAACACUGAGAAUUGGUAUUCUUGUAAAUUGAACUGACAAUUGCUUCUAUUCAGUACAUUUUAUUUUGAGCAGAUAUUUCCCAAAAGAGUAAAAAUCACUGUUGACAUGCUUUUUAAAACCAUUUUCACCUGUAUUUUGUCUUUCAAAAAGAAAAGUGAUCUAAAUUGGCAUUGUAAAGAAAUUGUUAGCAAAGAAUAUUUUUUAUUUUUUUAUUUUUUCUUUUGGUAGAAAGUUAUAUUAACAGUACAACAAAGAAUGAAAGAAUAAAACAUAAUGUUUAAGAACAUUAUUUAUAGGCAGUCAUUGUCUUUGUGCUUUAAAUGUUUCCCUUUUACCUUAGAGUAAUUUUUUAAAAGUUGAAAGUACUUUAAAAAUGUGUUUAAAUGGGUACCCAUUGACAAUUAGCAUUUAAUAGUGCAGUUAAGUUCAUUGUUAUUAAGCCUUGAAAAAUUUCAAUAUCUUGAAAAAAUUAGAGAAAAAUAUUGGUAAACGUAUUUGAUUCACAAAUGUAUUCAUAGCCGAUUGUGAGCUGCUCUACCACAUUUUCCUGUUUUUAUUGUUUCUGUGAAGCUUGAUUAGACUAACUUGCUUAAGGUCUCUUUCCGUUCAAGGAGUCUAUGAUUCUAAUGUAACAAGGUACACACGCUCUCUCUGACCACUUAAAGCAUCAGAGUUCAAAUCUGUUACAAUCACUCCAUUUCCUUUUGGAAAGUUGUGCCUCUCAUAAAGCUGCUUGGACGUUUUAAGUGUUUUUGUAAUAUGCAUUAAAGUGUUGAGUUUUGUUUGCUGUAA